AUGUUGCCAGCCAACCACACCAAAUUUCACCCAUUGUCCUUUAUUCUAUUGGGAAUCCCAGGUCUUGAAGCUGAUCACCUCUGGCUUUCAUUUCCCUUCAUUAUGAUGUACAGUACUGCCAUGGGUGGCAAUAUCCUCCUUCUUUGGGUCAUCGUCUCAGAGAGGAGCCUCCAUGAGCCUAUGUACAUUCUCCUCUCUCUCCUUGCCAUCACAGACCUCAUACUCUCUACCACCACGGUGCCCAAAGCCCUGGCCAUCUUCUGGUUCCAUGCUCAUGACAUCUCCUUCCCUGCCUGCCUUACCCAGGUCUUCUUCAUUCACUUUGUCUCAGCCCUGGAGUCAGCCACAUUGCUUUCUAUGGCAUUUGAUCGUUAUGUGGCCAUCUGCAACCCUUUACGCUAUGCAACUAUCCUCACCUACAAAGUCCUUGGCAAGAUGGGACUGGUGGGCUUUGCUCGAGCUUUCUCCAUCGUUGCAGCCCUUGUCUUUCUCCUUCACCGGCUGCCCUACUGUGGUCAUCGUGCAGUGCCUCACACAUACUGUGAACACAUGGGUGUAGCUCGGCUAGCCUGUGGGGACAUCCGUGUCAACAUCAUCUUUGGCCUCUGUGGAGCCCUCUCAACACUGGGCAUUGAUGCUAUUCUCAUUGUUGUCUCCUAUGUUCUUAUCCUCCGUGCCGUCUUUCGCCUGCCCUCCCAAGGUGCACGCCAUAAGGCUCUGGGAACUUGUGGUGCCCACGUCUGUGUGAUCCUCAUGUUUUACACACCUGCCUUUUUCUCUUUCCUCACCCAUCGCUUUGGCCGGGGUACCAUCCCUCGACAUAUUCAUAUUCUUCUGGCCAAUCUGUAUGUAGUGAUACCACCCAUGCUUAACCCAAUUGUUUAUGGGGUCAGGACAAAGCAAAUCCGGGACAAAGUUAUUCAGAUUUUCAGUUGGAUUGGGAAAGGAGCUAAUUGA